AUGCAGCUGUCAGCUAGGAUUAGACCACGGGAUUUGGAGGAGUUUUUUUCCUCAGUUGGCAAAGUGAAAGAUGUGCGUCUUAUAACUGACAACAAGACACGUCGAUCGAAGGGCAUCUGUUACGUUGAAUUUGCUGAUCCUGAAUCUGUGCCUUUAGCCAUUGGCCUUACAGGGCAGAAAUUGUUGGGUGUGCCUAUUCUUGUCCAGCCAUCACAAGCAGAGAAGAACAGAGCCCAGGCAGCUGCUACACCAGCACCUCAGAAAGCCAAUGAGGGACCAAUGAGGUUGUAUGUCGGCUCUCUACAUUUCAACAUAACAGAAGACAUGCUGCGAGGGAUAUUUGAACCUUUUGGGAAGAUGGUGGACGUCAAGAUAAUGCGUGACCAUGACAGCCAGCGCUCACUUGGGUUUGGAUUCAUUAGCUUUGCCAAUUCUGAAGAUGCCCAGAAGGCUCUGGAUCAACUUAAUGGAUUUGAGUUAGCUGGAAGACCAAUGAAAGUGGGUCAUGUAACAGAACGAAGCGCUGAAAAUGCCCAAGCUGGAGGACAUGGAAUUCAGUUGGAUACGGAUGAACUGGACAGAGCCGGCAUAGAUUUAGGAGCAACAGGUCGACUACAACUUAUGGCCAAGCUUGCUGAAGGCACUGGCUUUCAGAUACCUCAGUAUGCUGCUAGUGCACUGAACAGUCUCACCCAUGCUGCAGUCACUAUUGGAGGCAUACCUAUCAACCCUCAGACACCUAUACCAGCACAGGCUGGGCUGCAGCCAAAUAUUUCAGUCACUUCGGCUUUAGGCUAUACACAGAACCAGGCAAUUUCAAUACCACCUAUUGCCACUCAGUGCUUUAUGCUGUCAAACAUGUUUGAAUCACUGACGGAAACUAGACUGAACUGGGACCAGGAGGUUCGUGAUGAUGUCAUCGAUGAAUGCAACAAACAUGGAGGUGUCCUCCAUCUGUAUGUGGACAAAAAUUCUCCGCAGGGAAAUGUGUAUGUAAAAUGCCCAAGCAUUUCAGCAGCCUCAGCGUCUGUCAAUGCACUGCAUGGCCGCUUUUAUGCAGGGAGAAUUAUAACGGCAGCUUAUAUUCCUCUUCCUAACUACCACAGCCUGUUUGCAGACUCUGUUAGAGCAAACCAGCUUCUCUUGCCGUCGUCACAAGCCCUCUCUGCUUCCUACCAGACUGGAUUUAUGACCCAGCCACCAGUACGAUAA